AAAGAGAAAUAGAAGUGUUGGUUCUGCACUAUAUAUAUAUAUUAGUGCCAACAAUUGAGUCGCACUUAAGUUGAAAUGUUGGCGCAGAGUAAUUCCCAUUGACACUGAAAUUGUGCACUAGGUUUUCAAGGCAACGUGACCUAAGAGAAGAGUGGGUCCUAGCAGUGCGCCGCUUAUCUGCGUGGGCACCAUCACAAUGGAGCAGUGUUUGCUCGGAGCACUUCAGCGACGGUGAUAUUGCGACCAGAGGCCAAGGUCACUUGAUGGCGAAUGCAGUACCAUCGCUCGCGGGCACCAAGAUGCUUACAAAGGAUGGUGCCACAUCGAUGAGUGAACAUUCAAGUGAAGCAGCUUCAUCCAUUGGAGCAUCGCAGCAUCAAGAUGAGCCAGCAGGUCUCUUUCAAGCCACAAUGGAUAUCGACAUCUCUGAGGGCUUGUCUGAUGGGCUAGCAGAGGGUGUUGCUACAUCUGCUAGCCCGUCCUUCACUGAUCCAGACAUCGCUGAUGAGCCUUCCGAAGUCCAACAUGUCCUGCCACAGCCAGCGGAAGACACGCCUGAAAAGGCCUUUCUGAGGCACUAAGUAAUUCGUUACUCUCAAAUGCAAACUGUGUCCAAGAAGAAGAUCGAGACUCUGCAGCAAUCCUUUCGCCGGCUUUCGCAUCAGGUUUCUCAUCUCCAAGAUGUCAUAAAAACUUAUCUGACAAUCGUAUUCUAGCAAAUGAGGAUGUUGCCGCGCUGCAGAUUGGGCAAAAAACGACUUGCUCAUGCGUCAACUGACACGUAAGUCGGGGGCAGCAGCAUCACCUGUUUACUUACCAGAGCUCAGUGAAUUCGCACUGAAUUUGCAUUUUAAUUCCCCUCGAGCAUACCGAUAUGUACGAGCUGUUUUGGACACAUGCCUCCCGUAUCCAAAGACACUGUGUAAAUGGCAUCAAUCCAUUGAUGGGGCUGCUGGCUUUUCGAAACAGGCACUGACUGCAUUGGCUAUGAAGGUAAACUAAAGUUUGUAAAACAGGCACUCCCCAUUAUGCAAUGUGGUUGUGAAAAAGAUGGCCAUACGGAGACAUGUGGAGUGGGAUGGAAAAAGGUUCCAUGGAUAUGUUGACAUGGGCAUUGAUGUCAAUGAUGACAGCUUUCCAGUUGCCAAAGGUGCAUUUCUUUUAAUGAUUGUUGCAAUAAAUGGCAGA